GGUACGAUCAAAAACAUCCCAGCGGAACUGCUUCAAAAGUUCUUGGGUGCGUCUAGAGGUGUGCGGACAAGCAUUGUGCUGUACCAACACCACACUGGAAGUGAGGCCAUAGAAAAUCCCGCCAAAUGUGAAGAUGCCAAAGGAGUACUGCCAGUGAAGUUCAUGGAGCGUGGUUCGAUCAUCAGUUCAGAAGUCUACUGUGAAAUGUUAGGAAAACUCAGACGAGCCAUCCAUAACAACCGUCGGGGCCUGCUGACUUCUGUUGUGUUGGUUCACGAUAAUGCUCACCCGCACACGGCUAGAGGCACCCAAGAACUUUUGAAGCAGUUCCGCUGGGAUGUUUUUAAUCACACACACUCCAUAGCCCAGAUUUGACGCCAAGCGAUUAGUACUAAGACAUUUCAAACUUUGUAAGACCUUAUGACAAGUGCCUCAAUUUGAAUGGCGAUUAUUCAAAAAGUAACGUAAUGUUGUAGUUUUCUAAUGUGUAUAAUAAAAGUUCUGUAUCUGCGAGUGUCUGUCAUAAGGGUUAUUUCCGAAUUGCCCUUGUAUAAGAUACAGAUCUACACAUCCUACUAAGCCAGCCUUGUUAUGAUUAGAUGCAAAAUGUGAACAGAGGACAACAGAAAUGGAGAGGGUGCAGACUAGUUUCACCUGCAUUUUUUUAAAAUCAGAAAAGAGUGGUUUUAUGUCUUUACAAUAAAAUCAGUUAGUCGAAAAAGAUGCUACUGGGCUCCUGGUUUUUCACUACGAUAAAUGUCUUCUACAGUGUCUUCAUUUGUCAAAAUGCUGAUGUGUGGGAUGCCUCACUAGGCUAGUCUAAAUCUAACCCUGGCCAGUGUCGUCUUUUCAAUGUAGUACGUGUUUUUUAACCACCCCAGAGGAAUUGGAAGAGAAAAGCAAAAGGCUUGCAAUCCUUUAUUUUGCCCGGCUGAGGUUUUGCUUUGUAAAAUUUCCCAUCAGCACGCAGGAUUGGCCUUCUUUUCUGCCCAUCCCAUCACUUUCACUUCCAGCCCACACAGCUGCUGCAUCAUGCAUUUUCGGUCUCUCCCCCGCACAAUUCCUGUCACUGCUUUGGAAUCUUUGGAAUGAGGGAAGGGGAAGACUAUGAUUUGGGCCACUGCCGUCAUGAAGUUGUUUCCUGUGGCUGUUUUCCUUGUCUUGCCUGUUGUUGCUCAUCUGGCCUCAGGGAAGAAGCUCCGCUGGUGUACGCUUUCCCCCCUGGAGCAGAAGAAAUGUGCUGAGCUGUCCAAAGCCCUUCUAUCUACUUUGCCGCCUGUCUCCAGCAGUACUUUGAAGAGGGUUUCUUGCAUCCUGGCCCACAACACUUACGACUGUAUCAAUAAGAUUCGGGAGAAUAAAGCUGAUGCAGUUUCCUUGGAUGCUGGAGAUGUAUAUUCUGCUGUAAAGCUUUAUGGCUUGACUGUGGUGGCCAAGGAGAUCUAUUUGGAAGGAAGUUGUGUAUUUGCAGUGGCUGUGGCCAAGCGUGGGAUGCUGGAUCUCCAAAGGCUCAAAGGAGUCCGAAGUUGCCAUAAUGGAGCUAGGUGGACUUCAGGCUGGAGCAUUCCCAUGGGCUUCCUCUUAGCUAGGAGUGAUCUGAUGUGGGUCUCAGGCCAGCCCCUCAGCCAAGCAAUCAGUGAUUAUUUCAAUGCCAGCUGCAUCCCUGGCAUCGGAGCUACCUAUCCUAAGCUCUGCGCUCUCUGCCAAGGGCCGAAGUCUUACAUCUGGGACAAGAACCACUUCUGUGAGGCUAGCCGUCGCGAACCCUUCUAUGGCUCGGAGGGUGCCUUCAGGUGCCUGACGUUGGGGCUGGCAGAUGUGGCGUUUGUGGAUCACCUCACAGUCAUGAGUUCUACAGAGUUGGAACGGGAAGAGUACGAGCUGCUGUGUCCUGAUGGAUCCGCUGCGCCUUUGACGGCCUACUCUACCUGCAACCUGGGCAACGGACCAGGCCGCGCUAUUGUCACGCGCCACAACUUGCAGAAGAUAGUUAAGAAAUUUCUCAAGGUCAUUCAGGACCUGUUUGGAAAGAGCGGGAAAGAAAAAGGCAGGUUUGAGCUCUUUGCGUCUGCACCGUUCAGAGGGAGGGACCUGCUGUUCCACGAUGCCACUCAGCACCUGCGGCUGCUGGCAGAAGAGACGGAGAUCACGCAGGUUCUUGGCCUCGACUAUGUCACCCUCCUGCAGGGUUUGGGACAUGAAGGGAGCUCUCUGUCCAACAGCCUGGUGCGCUGGUGCUGUAUCAGUGACCUGGAGCUCCGUAAAUGUGAGGAGUGGGCUCUGAAUGCCAGGGCUGACCCCCUGGUCUGUGUCCAGGCAGACUCCAUGAUCAGCUGCAUUGAGCUCAUCAAGAAGAACGAAGCAGAUGCUGUCACGCUGGACGCCACCCAUGCAUACUUUGCGGAGACCUGCACGCUCGCCCCUGUUGCGGCAGAGUGUUAUGGAGAAGGAUGUGCUCCCACAAGGCUGGAACCGGAGACGUUGACCCAUGUUGGGGGUUUUCCUCCACUCUACAUCGUCGCCCUGGUGAGAAAGGCUAACCAGCAAGGAAACCGAUACACCCUGAGGGGAAAGCGCUCCUGCCACAGCCACGUGUACAGCCCAGGAGGGUGGCUGCUGCUUUCACAGUACACCGUUGGGGCCCCGGAGAAUGGCAGCUCCAGCUGCAACCUCACCUCGGCAUACCAGAAUUUUUUUUGGAAAGGCUGCAUGCCAGGAGCCAGUGGAAAUCUGUGCAAAGUGUGCAUUGGACAAGAGGGGAGAGGCAAAGGGUCCUCCAGGUGUGCAGCUAAUCAUCAUGAACGGUACUAUGGCAAUCUGGGGGCCCUCAGAUGCCUCUUGGGUGAUCCCGCUGGGAGAAGCUUCGGUGAUGUGGCUCUCUUGGAACAUCAUAACCUACUUCAGAACAUUGACUACCUGAAUAGCUCAGGAUGGGCCACCAGCUACACUCCCAGGGAUUUUGAACUCCUUUGCCCAGAUGGGAGCCGAGCAGCCAUAACGGCUUGGAGGACCUGCAACCUGGGCUGUGUUCCUCCCAGCGUUGUGGUGACCCGGCCAGUUACUGUCACUAAGGUCCAUGACUUCCUGGCAAAGUCCCAGGAAUCAGUCAAGAACAGCCAUUUUCAGCUCUUUGAGUCGCUGAGAUAUGGAGGAAGUGACCUGCUCUUUAAGGACGCUACUCAAGGCCUCGUCUUCACAGGCCAGUUGGACUUCAAGUCGAUUCUCGGGCAGUCUUUCUUUCAGCUUGCCCAAUCCGCCUUCAGUUGCACCUCUGCAGGUAUCCUAGACUUUUGCAAACUGGAUACUUGCACCUCUUCCACACAGCCUUGAGGUUAUCCAGAGAUGCUCCCUCCAACUCUGCCAGCUAAAGAAAGAGGGAGACAGUUAUUCAAGCUUUUACUGUCACCAAAGUUCCCCCCCCCCGAUGAUUCUGGUCUAUGGCAAUUUUCCCAUUUUUUCAUCCACAUCCAAAUAUCCUUCAGCAGUUUUUGGAAAAUCCAUUUUUGAAUGUAUCCUACUGGUACCUUAGCCAAUGGAAAGCAUCCCAAUGGAUUCACUCUCACUGCUUCCUCCCUCCCUCCCUCCCAUUUCCAGGAUACGCAGGCAAGUCCCAGCCAGGUUUGGGCUGCACCUGCCACCUUUUCAGCUCUACCCUGUCUGUUCUCUGCCUUCCAUCAGGAGAGAGAGAGAAGCUGGUUUGGGAACUCUCCUCUUGUACCUGCAUCUCCCUCUGGUUGCUUCCCAUCACUUCUGCCUUCGGAAUUGAUCGGUCCCUUUUCCAUUGAGUCAAAGCUGUCUGAACCGAAAGGAAGUUGGUUGAGACAAUGUCACAGCUCCAAUUUCCCCCGUCCCUGACAAGAAGCAGCCAUCUUGGAACUAAAGGAAUUUUGUUUCUCUGGCUUUAGCAGGACGUAAGAGCCGUGACACCCCCCCCCCCCAAUUCUUCUCUUGACUGAAGCAACAUCCAGAGUUUACUUCAAGGACUCUAAAGCUGUUUGUUGCCCAGCUGCUCUAAACACAAAAGUGCCUGCCUCGGUGAUGAGCGUCCCCAGGUUACUAGCAGUUUUAUGGCCGCGUCAUCUGCUCAGCAACCAUGUGGGCACCCCUUUUCCUAGGCCAGUUGAUAACAGUGGGAUUCCCUGGAGGUUUCCCUUCCUGAGAUCAGUUAAGAUCAUGUAACAUUGCCAGUAAUUGCACAGGCUAUUUUAUAACGCUGUUGCCCUUCACCUGCAAAAAAGAACUCUAGGAAGAUCCAGAUCUGCUCCCAGCCCUUUCUAGCCUCUGUACCUGCUGUGAUAGUUCAGCUAAAUAAGCAAGGCUAUCUCCAGAUCACUGCACCGCCAAGGAUUUGGCUCAGAGGUCCCUGGAACAUCAGAGGGAUGAGAUUUCUGUGGUAGCUUACAAGAACUAAAGGGUUCCGUAAUAAAGUUUGCAGAAAUGGUACCUGUACUUUACAACAAGGAGAAAGAACUGUCAAGGUGGUAGCAGAGCUCACGAAGGUGGUCUUGCUGCUAAGCGACAGGGCCACCAUUAUUCCUGUAACAUUCAGAGCUGGCAUUAAAGCUGUGUCACAAAUCCCCAGAGAAACAUCUUUCCAAAGGAAGGGGAACGAAGAGAGGCACAGAAACUACAAUUGACAAACAACAGAGAUGAGGAAAGUAUUCACUCACUAAGCAGGAUCUAUUCCCAGAAAGUCAGGAAUGUCGGCAGCCGAGCCAUGAAUAUCCUCUACUGCGGAGACUCCCAACCUUUUGGGCACCAGGGACCGGUUCCAUGGAGAAAGGUUUUUCCACAGACCGGAGAGUGUGUGGUUUUGUGUGCUGCCUGCAUCUCGCAGAUGGGGCUUUGCUUGUUUGUGCGGCCUGGUUGCUGGCAUGCCGCAGGCCGGUACUGGUCCACGGACCGGGGGUUGGGGACCCAGCUCUACAAGGGACAUUCCCACUUACGCAGUAUCAACAGAAACAUCGUUUGCAUGUCAACUAAAGUUAAUUUGGGGCUUCAGACUUCAUAACAAUGUACAGGAUUGCACUCGCAGUUUAGCGUACUUAAGAGUUUUGCUUAUAUUAAAACAAUUGGGACAAAGAGAUAGUUUAUCUUUUUUUUUUUUACAUUUGUCCUUUUCACUUUGUAUAUUUUUGAAAUUUUUAAUAAAUGUAACUUGUACACAAAACCCAUCAGCACUUCUUUAUUUAAAUUUUUUAUUUCCAUAAUUUAAACACUAGAAAAAGUGAAUUUGAAACUCAAAAAGAUUACAGGAAUAAACAAAAACCAUGUGAUAAUGGCACAGAACAGCCACCAGUACAGAAGUGUGCAAAUUCCCAUUUGAUUUGGAUUACGAGAAGGCUAACCAAGCGGUCUUCCUUUCAAGCGGCUCCCAAUGGCGGCCCCUAAGAGGCUCAGGUCUGGGGGGGGGGAGUGUGACCGGGCUCCAAAGCUGAUCUUGGCCCCAGGAUGACACCUACACCAAGACUGGACCCCCGUACCCUGAUUUCUCUGAUAGGCACAGCCCUCCCCAAAUUAGAUUUUAGCAAAUAUCAGUCUACUCCCCCCCCC